AUGCCCUCCGCCGAGCCUCCCUCUUUGUCCUCCAGGCCUUCAAAGCCAUUCUCCAUCUCCUUUGGGUCCGCAAGACCUAAGACUGCCCCCACCCCGGGCCCCAAGAAGCGUCCCCACUCUGCCCUCGCAGACCACUCAGACGGUGAAGAUGAAGCACAGCCUGCGGCCGAGCUAGUGUCCGGAUUUGACCAGUCCGGUGCUGUUGUCACUAAUGGAAGGAAAGAAGAGAAGGCGCCACUUAUCAUACAGGUGGAGAAGAACCGCGACUGGAGGGAAGAGAGCAGGAAGAAGAGGCGGAAAAAUCUUUUACCAGCGGAGGUACAGGCCGCUCGAUCAGGAAGGUCGGAGGAGCUGAAGGCCGCCCAAGUGGAACGGGAUGAAGUCUCGAGACAGUCGGGUAUAUCCUUUGUGCAGAAGGAUCAAGAUGGCGACACCACAAUGGCUGAGGGGCAGGCCUCCCAACAUGCCACAGAGCAGACACCCAGAUCUACGAAGACUGCCGAUGAAGAAGCGAUGGAGGCCCUACUGGGUGGCGAGAAGAAGUCGAACCUCGUCGUCCCCGCCCUAGAGAACGAAAGGGAUGGCUACCAGCCCGAGGAAGACGCCUACGAAGACAAUACGAAUGAAGAUGACCGUUUCAAGGCCGACGUCGCAUCCCGUCCUGACGUCCCCACACUAGAUGAUUACGAGGCCACCCCUGUCUUCGACUUUGGUCCGGCCAUGCUCCGCGGCAUGGGCUGGAAAGAUGGAGAGCCAAUCGGCAAACGAAGAACCCAAGGUACCACGACUAACAAACCUCGUAUCGUGGAGAGGCGACCGGCUUUGUUGGGUAUUGGUGCGAAAGAGGUGCCGACCGGUGUCGGCGACGAUGAGCUUGGAGCGUGGGGUAAAGGGGCGAAGGGGAAGCGGAAGACAGAUCUGACGUACAGUCCCGUGAUACUGAAGAAUUCGAAGACUGGGGAGAUGGUGACGGAGGAAGAGUUGGCGAAGAAGAAGUUGGAGCAGAACGGGAAAGGGGAGGAGGAGGACUCAUGGAGGGAGAGGAAGGAUAGAAAUCUUGCUAUUGAUGCGAGGAAGAAGGAGGAGAGACGAGAGAGAUUAUUGAUCGAGGAGAAUGCCGGUCGAAGGAUCGAAAACGAAGGGAUCGAAGCCGGUCGAAUGAGCGAAGUAGCCACAGCUCUUCACGCCGACGCUCAAGAUCGAGGGACAGAAGCCAUCACUAUGGCUCAUCGCGAAGGGACCGAAGUCCAUAUAAAUCCUCAAGACGAGACCGAAGCCGAUCUGAUGAGCGCAGACAUCGGCGGUAUUGAUAUCCUUACGCUUCAGAUCUUGAGGGUCGAAGCCCAUCACAUAAAGAUACCUAUUGAUGAUCAAAAGCCAAAAGCGCCCAACGAUUGGGGUAUCUUGUGCCUCCAAACAACUAAAACACGGCUUCAAUGGAAUUCUCAGCAUGCCGCCCUUCCGUAUGUUCUGAGCUUUUAUCCGUCACUGAAUCGCACAUUCAUAGCCUUCCCCACUCAAACCACUUCCUCCCAACCCACCAACUCAAACCCACGCUAA